UGGGGGUAUAAAAGGAGGGCCAAGACGAGGGUUGUCACAGUCAGCUUCUGAACCGUCAACAGUAAACAUGAACUCCAAGGUAUUCUUCCUCCUGGUCGGUGUGGCCGCGGCCCUCGCCCGCCCUGACCGCCCCAGCAGCAGCUACGGCGUCCCCAGCAGGGACUCCUCCUCCUCCUCCUUCGAGCACUUCUCCCCCUCCUCCGGCUCCGCCGAGUCCGGCUCCUUCGAGUCGUUCGAGUCGUCCGAGGCCAAGUACGGCUUCCAGUGGUCCGUGGAGGACGACUCCACCGGCAACGACUUCGACCACCAGGAGGCCCGCGACGGCGACGACACCCAGGGCGUGUACACCGUGCAGCUGCCCGACGGCCGCCGCCAGACCGUCACCUACCACGUGGACGGCGACGACGGCUACAUCGCCGAGGUCACCUACGAGGGCGUGGCCCGCUACCCCGACUCCGUCGAGUCCUACGAGUCCGGCUCCGACGAGUCCUCUGAGAGGCGCGUCUACGCCUUCCCCAGGAGGACCUACCUCGCCCCCGACUCCAACGAGUCCAAGUAAACUCCUCCGACCCCGCAGCAACGGCCUCUGACCAUGUCUAACUUAUCUAAAUUAUUUAUUGCAUUAUUAACUAUUUAUCUGAAUAAACUAUGAACUGA